AUGACCCUAUCUUCCCUAAUGAACCUCUUAGCUAUAACCUUAUCCUAUGUACUCCCAAUCCUAAUUGCCGUGGCCUUCUUAACACUUGUAGAACGAAAAAUCCUCAGCUACAUACAGGCCCGAAAGGGCCCAAACAUCGUGGGCCCUUUUGGUCUACUCCAACCCGUUGCAGAUGGGGUAAAAUUAUUCAUUAAAGAGCCCAUCCGUCCAUCCACCUCUUCCCCCUUCCUCUUCAUUAUUACACCUAUUCUAGCUCUUCUACUAGCUCUUACCAUUUGGGCACCUCUCCCACUUCCCUUCCCCCUUGCAGACCUAAACCUGGGCCUUCUAUUCCUCCUAGCCAUGUCAAGCUUAACUGUCUAUUCCCUUCUAUGAUCCGGAUGAGCUUCAAACUCCAAAUACGCCCUAAUCGGAGCCCUUCGGGCCGUUGCCCAAACAAUCUCAUAUGAAGUCACCCUAGCCAUCAUCCUCUUAUCCACAAUUAUACUAUGCGGAAACUACUCCCUAAGCACCCUAGCCACCACUCAAGAACCCAUUUACCUCAUCCUCCCCUCAUGACCCCUAGCAAUAAUAUGAUUCAUCUCCACCCUUGCCGAAACUAACCGUGCCCCAUUCGACCUAACAGAAGGGGAAUCUGAACUUGUCUCAGGAUUCAACGUUGAAUACGCCGCUGGACCAUUUGCCCUAUUUUUCCUAGCAGAAUACGCCAACAUUAUAUUAAUGAAUACACUAACAACCAUUCUAUUCCUCAACCCAAGCUUCUUAAAUCUCCCAUCUGAACUAUUCUCCAUUACACUAGCUACAAAAACCCUCCUACUCUCAUCCACAUUCCUAUGAAUCCGAGCCUCAUAUCCACGAUUUCGCUAUGAUCAACUAAUACACCUUCUAUGAAAAAACUUCCUACCCCUAACCCUAGCCCUAUGCCUAUGACAUGCCAGCAUACCAACUAGCUACGCCGGUUUACCCCCAAUCUAA